CUCCGCUAUCCUCUGUUUUCUUACCAUAAAGCAAAUCUAUUCUCAUGAUCAAGAGGAAAAACAAAUUUAUUUGUCCAAAUCAUCAUAACACGUAGUACGUUUUUUACUAAAAAGCAAGAGCAAAGGCUUGUUUUAUGUAAUUGGAAAAACGUACACUCAAUUCAAUAUAAUAAAAUAGGGGCAAAAAAACUUGAGAACGAUAUAUACUCUCCACUUCAUUGUGAAUUUGCAAAAACGGCUAACGUUUUAGAAAAACCCUCCAAUGGCUUCGUGGACGGAAGUAUUGACAAAUGCUGCCAUGUUUGUGAUAAUCCAAGCUCUGUCGUUUCUGAUAAUCUCCACUUCAUCCGACAUAUUCUCUUCCGAUAUCAAGAUGAAGAAGGACAAGACAUCUUUUGGCUUCAAACUCUCUCGUUCCCUUUCGCAUUUACUCGCUUUAAUCUCCGAUGAUGUCUCUCGUGUCGAAGAAGAAGUAGCAGAUGAAGAAGCAUCCUCCACCUCUCAUCAAAUACUAAUUGUUGAUUUCUAUUUUCAUGAACUUUGAUUUGUAUUUGCAGACAUUUGACUCAUAUGUUUGAUCAGACAUUGGCAUGAAAAAGUUAUCAUUUUGCCAUCAACAUAACACUGAUCAUUAAAUUGCUAUUGAUCCAUUGAAAGAAGGAAACUGAAAGAAGUAAAACAGAGUGUCAGAGACCUGUUGUAAAUACAGGACCUUUAGAAUUCGAUAUGAGAUGACAAAAACGAUACAAGUUUUGUUUACAUUUCAUGUCUUUAUCUUUAUCCUCCCCAAACUUGACGAAAGUUAAAUACUGUCAUAAAGGCAUA